AUGGACGAUGAGAUGGAAUCGCAUGCAAUCAACUUGGCAAUUGAAGCCAUUUCAAUAUUUCCCGGUGAGAAGAUGAAAAUAGCGAAGUAUAUCGCGAAUGCGUUCGAAGCCAACUAUGCAUCGUUGUGGCAUUGUAUUGUGAGUGAUGGUCAUAUGCGUUUCUAUGUGCGCUAUGAUGCCGAUAAUCAUAUCUAUUUUGCUAUC